AUGGAAUCUACCGACGAAGAGGACUUCUGGGAUGAAGUUGAAGUUCCUCAGCCAGUGUCUUACACGGUAGCCGAGACUAUCGAAAUACCAUUGACAGAGACAGAGCCCCGCCAACCACUAGACUACGACAUCGAGGUAACGAUAACCAAGAAAGGUGCUUCAACCAACGAACAACAGGCCGAGGCUAUAGCAAAACGACAGGCUGCUGCUCACAAUCGACUUGUUCGUCUUGAAUCUCAUAAAUUACACACUAUAUCGCUUUUGGCCUCUCUGUCUAUACGGAAUAAAUGGUUAAACGACCAAGCGCUUAAGGCUCGACUAUUAGCACAUCCGGACCCCGCUCGUCGAGGGAGAUUGUUUGAAACAGCGCUCGUUCGCCUUGUGAGCUGGUUCGCGCCAUCAUCUCCCGCCACUACCCAAAACCUCUACGUGGAACGCCCUUCUGAUGGUUGGUUCCGAAUCACAAACCCCGGGCACAUCAAAUCCCACACCUUCGAAGCUGGGAUGCGUCGAAUCCAGGUACUUGAAAAACGAGAGGCCGAAAGGAAAGCCCGCCGAGCCAAACGCCAGGAACGUCGUGCUAAACGAGCACGAGCACGCAUUAAAGGGAAAGGGAAGGCUCGGGACAUCAAGAUCUGGAUGUUGGUGACUGAAGACGAAUGGUACGCACCGGAACGUCUCCGCUCUCCCAAUUCGAUCGCCAAGCAUGCUCUGCAACGAUCCGGAAGUCGUGAUAUGGCAGCCUUGGUUUUUGUUGCAAUUGUCAGAGCUUUAGGAAUUCCUGCUAGACUUGUCUCAAGUUUACAAUGUGUCCCAUGGGCUUUGCCAAAGGACUAUGCGAGCAAAGCUCGUAAACCUAAGGACAAGACAACAGUGACGUCGAAGCGGGAUGAUCAAGACACUGCCGUUGAUGAAGAUGCAAUGCCCGGAGUUUCCUCCAGGGUAGGCUCACCAAACAGUACCGGAGCAAAUAGCGUAUUGUCUGCCACCGCAUACCAUACGGAUAGGUCCGCCGAUCACAGCGAUAACCCCACACGCCUCAAGCCAUCGAUCAAACGAAAACGAGGACCAGGUACCGGAAAUAACCCUAUAUCCAUGAUUGAAGGCAAUCAGGCUCCUACACUCUGGGCUGAGGUGUUCUCUCGUCCUGACGGUCGUUGGAUCCCAGUGGAUCCGGUACGUGGGUUUGUCAAUCGAGCAGGUUUAUUCGAACGGCGGGACCAAGCCGGGAAGCGAAAGGCUGAAAAACUGAUGUACGUGGUAGCGAUGGAAGAAGACGGCUACGCCCGUGAUGUGACCGCGCGGUACGCAAAGAACUUUGGAGCUCAUCAAGCCAGAGCAAGAGCACGGAUCGCCGCAGGACGAAAGAAUGGAAAAGUCGAAUGGUGGGAUUCCGUCAUGCGUGUCCUGAAAAGACCAUAUGCUCUGCACCGCGACGAUGUUGAAGAUGCGGAAUUAUCCCAUCAGAGAGCUCUAGAAGGUCUGCCAAGUUCUAUUAGCGCAUUUAAGGAUCAUCCGAUAUACGCCUUGGAGAGACACCUUCGCAGAGAUGAAGCUAUCCACCCACGAACUGAAAUAGCCCAUUUCCGGGGCGAACCCGUGUUCCCGCGUCGAAAUGUGCUUUCUCUGAAGCCGGCAGAGGGGUGGAUGCGCCAAGGAAGGGUGUUACGCUCAGGCAUGCAACCGAUCAAGAUGGUGAAAGCGCGUGCAAGCACCAUACGCAAAAAAAGAGAGCUGGAAGUUCGUCGCGAAGACGAGGGUGAGGUCAUGGUAGGCAUGUAUGCAGAAUGGCAGACGGAGCUCUAUAAAUCUCCCCCAGUUAUCGACGGCAAGAUCCCAACAAAUGACUUUGGGAAUAUCGAUCUUUAUGUACCGACAAUGCUUCCGGAAGGUGCUGUUCAUAUCCCGCAAAAAGGUUGUGCAAAGGUUGCGCGAAAGCUGGGUAUCAAUUUCGCCGAGGCUGUAACCGGUUUCGAGUUCCGCAAUCGCCAGGCAACUCCGAUUAUCACAGGAAUCGUUAUUGCAGCGGGGAACGAACAAGUGUUUUUAGAGGCUUUAGCUUCCCACAUACGAUUGGAGCAGGCAAAAGAGGCCACCAAACGCCGCGAACGAGUUUUACAGCGUUGGACACGGCUCGUACAGGGACUUAGGAUUGUUCAGAGGGUCAAUGAGCAAUACUCAGGAGAUAAUCGCCCGGGCAUCGAUGAGAACGCGUCCGCAGAUGGAACCUGGAGCUUUUUGGAUGAUCUGAAAGACGUGGUCAGGCCGUAUAAUCUACCGCAAGCACAGCCCAUCGUCCCCAAGCUGAUAACCGAGGAAGAAGAUAGGGGAGUCUCAGAGCUCAUGAUGCCUCAAGAACUUUUGCAUGGCAUGCCUGAUUCGCCAUCUCGUUAUACAUGGUCAGCGCUAAUGGAGGAUGAUGAACGCCACGACGAACAUGCUGAACUUGAAUCUCCUACCGAACUCAUGAGUCGCGAUACCACUAAUAUGGAACCGCCAUUGACUAUGCAAGAGCUCGCCGACAAACUCUCCAGAGCAAGGGAACAAGGAAACUCAGAGCCCACAAAUGGCGAAACCGAGGUAAUACCUGACGCAACUACUCCACCCCUGCCAGAAAUGGAAUCAGAUCGUCACGUCACCAAAGCCAGCCCAGAGGAUAACGAUGCCAAGCCCAACCCUAUAGACAAUCGAUCCGAGGCUAAUCAAAAUAACACAGGCAAAACCACCCGCCAAUUGCGCAGGUCAUCGCGUCGGCACAAUGCUCUAUCUACGACCCCGGCCCCGGCCACGCCGACCCCCACGCGCACGCUGAGGCCGCGCCGGAAACCCUGA